GGACGUCUGACGGCCGUACGAAUGGCGUGGGUCGUGGUCUUCGGAGGUUGAAUGCGCUGCUCUCUCCGGUCCGUUGCAAUGGAAACGAAUCAGAAGCUGGGCGUUGCGCGUUGCCAUUCGACCACCAUCUCCGUUUCGUGGGACCCUGGGGUUGAUCCAUGCUUCUGCAGCGGUAUAGACUUCUGCACGCCGGGAUCGCACGCACUCUCACCACCGCCAUGCCUGCUCAGCGCCCUUUUUGGUGCCUGUCCACAGAAGAAGUCAAAUCCAAAUUCAGUCGUGGGCAAUCUCGGCUGCUACGGACGCCAACGACGCCCACCGCGCCAACGUGUUGGUACCACUCCUUUACUGGGUGCGUUUCACCACCGCCCUCUAUAGUGUAACACCUUGCGACUCGUUCUCACGUUUCACGCGCUCCGCUUAAAGAGCUAAGCUCGUCGAUCAGCUAUGGAGUCCGUCGACGUCGACCGUAUCACGGCGCCACCGCGCCAUCCUCGGCGCCCUAAUAUGCAACCACGCGACGCAACUCCUACUUCUGCAAACAGCACUUCAGAACUAGCCAUCUUCCUUCGUCACGGCGGACCGCUGGGCUCCAACCCAGGCUCGAGAUUCCAGUGCGGACCAUCUAGUGAAGGACGACCGCUGCGCAGUAUGGACGACAACAGAUCGGUCAGGAAGCAUGGCUUUGGCAUGUCCAUCUCAGAGACGGAGAGAUCAGAGAGUUCCGGGAGCCUUGGGAGGUCCUUGAGCCAGGAGAAGCUCAAGAAUGGAAUAGAAACGACAACCAAAUUCGAAAACUAUGGCCUACUAUACAAAGACGGAGUGCUGGUCAAGCAGCCAGCACCUACGUCGGACCCCAAAGACCCUAUGAACUUGACUCUAUGGCGCAAGUUGCUCGCAGCAUUCUUCCUCUGCUUCUUUGGCGCAUUGGCUGCCGCUGCCGAACUGAUUUUGGGCGCACUACUGCCAGUGUUCUUCUUGGAAUACGCUGGGCUCGACCCGUCGCUACUGGCACCGCUGUCCAGCUCUGGAGGGGGAUUGCCUCAAGGCAUCGAUCCCAUCAAGUCCUUGGCCUCUCUCCCCGGUGCACCACCCAUAUGGAGAGUUCAGCUCCUCGCCUCGAUGCCAGUGCUGGUCAUGGGCCUCGCCAAUCUCGCUCUGGUACCAUUAGCAAUCUCCGUGGGUCGUCGCCCCGUGCUACUCCUCAGCGGAGUGAUCGCACUUGCCGGCGCCUUCUGGGCUGGCCACAGUCAUUCCUUGGAGUCUCACAUCGCAGCUCGGUGUGUUCAAGCGAUUGGGGCUGGCACAGUCGAAAGCCUAAUCCCUUUCAUCCUUCAAGAUAUGGUGUUUGUACACGAGCGCAACACCUGGAUCUCUAUCGUCUUUGCUGCGCAAGGCGUUAUCAUCAUCGCCCUCGGUAUUGCCACACCCUACAUCGUGGUCAGCCUGACUUGGCGAUGGGUCUACUUCAUCACGUGCAUUUUCGGCGGAUUCUUCCUCGUCGGCGUUUACAUCUUCCUUCCAGAGACGAAGUGGCACCGCACUCGAGCUGAGAUGAAUGGCGUCCCGCGCCGCGAGAGCAUCAUUGCGCACUCGCCUCGCACAUGGAGAAGUGAUCUGGCACUCUUCAAUGCUCGCCCAGAGUGGAGCAAGGGCUGGCAAGCCUUCCUCGACACCAUCUUCACAUUCUUUUACCCGCAGAUCUUCUUCGUCACUUGCUUGAACAGUGCAAUGAUGGCUGCGACGUUUGCUGCUGGUUACAACGUGGCCGCUCCUCUGCUCACAAAUCCGUGGUCAUGGUCCUUUUACCACAUUGGCCUGUGCAUGGUUCCCGUGCUGAUCGGUGCCAUCUUCGUUGCAUUCCUGACCGGAUUCGGUGCAGACUGGACAGCAAACUGGGUGGCAAGAGCUCGAGGCAAACGACUACCCGAGAAUCAGCUUCUCAACCUCAUAAUCCCAACCGUAUGCACCAUCGUCGGCUGCGUCGUAUACGGCCUUGCAGGUUCCCACAUUGGCGAAUACCACUGGGCCGUCUUCCUCCUGGGUCUCGGCUUGAUCGCUUUCGGAUUCUUGGGCACCAACACAGUCGGAGCAGUCUACGUCCUGGAAACCUACCCGCACUUGGCUGGCCCAGCACUAGUCAACAUUGCAUCUUUCCGCUGCCUGAUCGCCUUUAUCCUGUCCUUCCGGGUAACAGAAUGGGUUUCGGAGUUCGGAUAUUUGGACUCAAUGCUCAUUUACGUGGCAAUCAUUGGAUUCUUCACCCUUUUGAUUCCCGUAGUGUACAAAUUCGGACCUGCGUGGAGGGCGAGAUGGCCGGCUACACACAGAGGUGGAGAUUGGUAAGAGCAAUCACAAAGUUUCAUUGCUGGCUUGAAAUAUAUCGUGUUGUACAGUAUUGAGAGCGUUAGCGAAUGUAGUAAAUAUGUGUGCAGGCCUGGGCUGGACCUGGUCCUUAACGCGGCGAUCGUUUAGGAUACCCAAUAUAUAGAAAAUUAUUAUGACGAA